CUAUGUUAGACAUAUACUUAAUUUUACAUUAUUACAUCUAGGACAUGUAUUUGAUGUUAUUAUGCAUUAUUGAGUACAUUUUAUGCACACUACACAAUUACUAUUAUAUGUUUGACACGACAUACACACUAUUACAUAUAAAAAAAAAAAAUGAUAUAUUACAAUCAUUAUAUUUUUGACAAAAUAUAAUAAUUAUAUCGUGUUUGAAACACCAAUACACCAUCCAUACUAUUCAAUUCCCCACGCACACACCCGCCAACAAUUGCCUUGCCAAACAAACAAUGUAGAUGCUAAGAUGCUCAUCCAUGGAGAAUUUGCUUAACCACAAGAUAAUUUGUUUUAUUUUUAAAGUCAUUUGUGUGUGAUACAGAAAGAAAGCCAUCCAAUUUGUAUCUCAAUUGAGUUGCUAUUCCGGGUAUGUUUGGCAAACCGUAAGUUGUAGCUAAAAUAUAUAGCUUUUAUAUAACCAAAGAGUAAAUUAAAAACCUCCUAACAAUUACGGAACCAUAUCUUCUUUAUAAGCAUUAAAAGAUUGAAACCAUUAAAUAAAUAUAUCAAAGAUUUCUUUCUUUGAUCAAGGAGGGGUUAGAUGAUAACUUUUCAUUAAUGUUAUUAUAUUUUGUUUUUAUUUUUAUUUUUAUUUUUAUUUUUAUUUUUAUUUUUAGCUGUUAAAUGAGUAGCAGUUGAAUUAAUCUGAAACAAUAAGAAAAGAUCCAAAUUAAACUAAUAUUGAUUGAAAUUGCCCAAUGUGCAUAAAAACAAGUCAUCACUCUAUGCUUACGCAGCAGGAAUCGCAGAACAGGAAUGGCUGCAUAUUCAUUCCUCUCCACAUACUUCUCUUCUCCGACUCUUCCUCGUCGACUUCCUUCUCCUAAUCGUCUCCCAAACUCCACGCUUCCUCUUUCUAGAGACUUCUCGCAUCGCAGUCUCCGUAGCACUUGCAUCGUUGCCUCUCUUCGCCAAACUGCUCACAGUAACCACUCGCCGGCGCCGGAGUCCACCAAUUGUUCUACCUUCAACAAAUUCCUAGAUUCAUUAGUCGUAUUAAUCACUUCUGCAGCACUUUCCGUCUCUAUUUUUGUUACCGAUGUUGAUUCGGCCGCUGCCUUUGUUGUUACUCCCUCUCGGAAGUUGCAAACCGAUGAGCUAGCUACCGUUCGUCUUUUCCAGGAUAAUACUCCUUCCGUUGUCUACAUCACUAAUUUAGCUGCCAGGCAGGAUGCAUUUACUUUGGAUGUAUUGGAGGUGCCUCAGGGGUCUGGAUCAGGCUUUGUUUGGGAUAAAAAAGGUCACAUCGUCACAAAUUAUCAUGUUAUUCGAGGUGCGUCUGAUCUCAGGGUAACUCUUGCUGAUCAGACCACAUAUGAUGCAAAAGUAGUUGGCUUUGACCAAGAUAAGGAUGUUGCAGUACUGCGUAUCGAUGCACCAAAAGAUAAAUUGAGACCAAUACCAGUUGGUGUGUCUGCUGACUUGCUUGUUGGACAAAAAGUGUUUGCUAUAGGAAACCCUUUUGGGCUUGAUCACACACUAACAACCGGUGUCAUUAGUGGGUUAAGGAGAGAAAUAAGCUCAGCUGCAACUGGGCGUCCGAUCCAAGAUGUUAUCCAGACAGAUGCUGCUAUUAACCCUGGUAAUAGUGGGGGCCCACUUCUAGAUAGCUCAGGAAACCUUAUUGGGAUUAAUACAGCCAUAUACUCUCCAUCUGGUGCAUCAUCUGGUGUUGGAUUUUCCAUUCCAGUUGACACUGUUGGUGGAAUUGUUGACCAGUUGGUGCAAUUUGGGAAAGUUACAAGACCUAUUUUAGGAAUUAAGUUUGCACCUGAUCAGUCUGUGGAACAACUUGGAGUCAGUGGAGUACUUGUCUUAGAUGCCCCUCCAAAUGGUCCAGCUGGAAAAGCAGGUCUUCUGUCAACGAAACGUGACACGUAUGGAAGGCUCAUAUUGGGUGACAUUAUCACAUCUGUAAAUGGAAAAAAAGUCUCUAAUGGAAGUGAUUUAUACAGAAUUCUUGACCAAUGUAAAGUUGGCGAAACAGUGUCUGUUGAGGUGCUUCGUGGUGACCAUGUAGAGAAGAUCCCUGUGAUACUUGAGCCAAAAGCUGAUGAAUCAUGAUUCCUCAAAAUGUGAGGUCAGGUUGUGAAUUUGUAUUUACUAUUUAUUAUGAGAAAUAUCUCGCACUGUAUUAUUUGACGUAUUGUUUCCUAAUAGUGGGUCAUGUAAAUAGUCUACCACCACAAUCAUGUAUUAACUUCAAACUAUAUAUACUUGUAAUCCUUUCAGAAUGUCAUUAUACUUACUUUACUCUUGUCAUGUUCAUGAAUAUGUAGCUACCAAGUAUUUCUAUAUCUUUCUUCAUUUAUUUAGAAGAACUAUGAAUGAGGUUACAUGGUUCCAAUUUAUUCAUAGAAAAUGGACUUCUACCUUCCA